GGGCUCCCCGCGGUGGCGCGGCUUCUGUUUACUUUCGGGCGAGUUUUUCCGGCUCGCGGCAGGUGCCCGGAGGCCCGGGCACGCGCGUCCCCGGCGCGCUGACGGGCGUCCCGCGCGCGCCUGCGAUGAGGGCGGCGGCAUGGAGUUCCCGGGGCACGGUGGGCGGCUACUAAGCCGCCUGAGGCAGCAGCGCGACCUGGGCUUCCUGUGCGACUGCACCGUGCUGGUGGGCGACGCACGCUUCCCCGCGCACCGCGCCGUGCUGGCCGCGUGCAGCGUCUACUUCCACCUCUUCUACAGGGACCGGCCCGCCGGCCGCCGCGACACGGUGCGGCUCAACGGCGACAUCGUCACGGCGCCCGCCUUUGGCCUCCUGCUGGACUUCAUGUACGAGGGCCGCCUGGACCUGCGCAGCCUGCCCGUCGAGGACGUCCUGGCCGCCGCCAGCUACCUGCACAUGUAUGACAUCGUCAAGGUCUGCAAGGGUAGGCUCAGGGAGAGGAGCCCGGUGCUGCACCGGGGCGUCCCUGCCCCCGAGGCAGAGCCGCAGGGCCGGCCACCGUGCCCCCUGCCUGCAUGCACCCCGGACCUCAGCCCGGCUGCUCUGACGGCCAAGCUCCGUCUGCCAGCAUCCAGGCCUGCCCCUUGGCAGGCCCCACGGGAGUCGGACCGAGCCCUGGACCUGUCGCUGAAGCCGGGCCCGAGGUCAGAGCCGCCCCAGACACCAGUCUGCAGCAGCCGGAGGCAGCGAGGCUCCCCGUCUCUGGUGAAGGAUGAGCAGGACUCACCGUGGGAACAGGGGGAGAGCCGCGGCCCCCUGCAGCCAGCCUGUGCCCCCACAGCCCAGUGCCUGCCACUGGAUUUGGAGCUGCUGCCCUGCCGCGAGGUGGCCAGCCAGGAGCUGGAGCUGAGUUCCCAGCCGGUGGUGGGCGCUGCAGAGGAGCUGGGUCCUGGAGGACACCUCUGCAUCUGCCCGCUGUGCUGCAAGCUGUUCCCCAGCGCCCAUGCCCUGCAGCAGCACCUCAGUGCACACUUCCGUGAGCGGGAUGCCACCCGGGCCCGGCUCUCGCCCGACGGUGCCGUGCCCACCUGCCCACUGUGCAGCAAGACUUUCUCGUGCACCUACACACUGAAGCGGCACGAGCGGACGCACUCGGGGGAGAAGCCCUACACGUGCAUGCAGUGUGGCAAGAGCUUCCAGUACUCCCACAACCUGAGCCGGCACGCCGUGGUACACACGCGGGAGAAGCCGCAUGCCUGUCGCUGGUGUGAGCGUCGCUUCACGCAGUCUGGGGACCUGUACCGCCAUGUGCGCAAGUUCCACUGCGGAGUGGCCAAGUCCCUGCUGGUGUGACACCCCUUGCUGGGUGGGUCCCGGGGAUGGAAGGAGCUGUGUUUGCGGAGGGGGCUGUCCUCCCUGCCUCCCAGCCAGGUUUCAGGACAGAAUUUGGGCCUCAGGUUCUCAGUGUGGCUGACGCAGGUGUCCAGGGCUUUUCUGAUCACCUCUCUGGCAUGCUUGGGUGUCCUCUGAGCCUGGUUCCCCAGUUGCAGUGACUCACAGGUCGGAAGGAAACAGACCACCCCUGGUGCGUGGCAGCAGGGGCCCCUGCUGGGAAGGCCUGGGGCACAGCAAGUGGUGUUAAGGGGUGCAGCCACAGCAGGGUCCCCAGGGCAGCAGGAGGAGAGCCAGCUAAAGCCAGUGGCCUUCGGGUCAGUGUCACUGGGGUGGAACUUCUGGAGCAUGUGAUCCUGACCUCACCGUAAGUCUGGGCAGAGAAACUGGGAAUUUGGAAAUGGAUUAUCUUUGGACUCAGAAAAGGCCUCCCUGAGGCCGCCAGAUGUCUGCCAAUGGGCAAUGGGGCAAGUGCCAGUCCAGUGUGCCUCCAGGCAUCCCUGGGGUGGGGGCAGGGAGCUCCCCCUGGGGUCUCUCCCACCUUCCAGGGGUCUCCUUGGGGCUUCAGGUGUUUCUGAACCAGAAGCACAGGGUUACCAGGAGCUACGUCUUCAGGGCUUCUCUUCCCCACUGGAGCAGGGGUGGGUGCUGCCAUCAUAUGGGGAGGGAGAGGCUGGGAUCUCUUGGACCAGAGCCGCACCAGCCCACUGAGUCCACACCCACUGGCCCCAGAAUGGGAAGGACACGCUUGCUGCAUUGGAAGUCCUUCUGGCCAGCUACCUGGACACCAGUCUUGCUGCUGGAACCUUGAUGGUUACAGCAUGGGGUAGGUGGAGUGGGGGUGCCCCCACCCUCUAGUGGGGCAGCAAGUAGCAGAGCUGCCUGGACACCUGGCUGUCACCAGGACACCAGGCUGUUUCUCUGUGGUUGGAAGUGGCACAGGGACGGAGUCUGACUGAGUCUCAGUCAUUGUCUCCUCAUAACGCUUGGUGUUAUAUUCAUUUGUCUGCCUGAUCCAGAGUCAAAUGCCAGUCGCCUUCUUGGUGGGGGGACAGACUGCUGUCCACUUUCCUACGGGCUCUACUCUCCUGGUGCCUCUGCGGCCAGCCUGGGACCUGGACCACUGCAGCCCCAGAGAGAUGAGUGAGGGACACCUGCUUCUGGUGGUCCUGGCUCCUGACCCCACCUCAUGGGGGCUGGAGGGACAUGGCCACGUGCUAUGGGUUCUGGGUUUGCCUGUGUGUCCAGCACCCAGCAGGAGAGCAGCUGCCACUAGCAGGCACAGCACUGUCACUGGCUUCCCUGAGUGCUUUCCUAGGGCAGGGAUGCCUGCCCUGCGUUACCAACACUGGGUUUGUUGUCUUUGUGCACAGUUACUGUGACGUGAAUGUAAUGAGAAUGAUCAGUUUUAAUUUUGUAGGCGAUGGUUCAGAUAAAAUAUGCACACUUACGUAGAUCUAUGUAUCUGAGAUACUGCUUGGGGGGCAGUGGCAUGUGGAGCCUGUCGGCUGGGACGACUGCAGAGUGACCCGGGAGACAGCUGUCCCCCUCAGCUUCGGUGGGGAGCCUCUGCCUGCCACUGCCUGGGCUGGCCAUGGAGACAGGUGCCAUCUUGCUGUGUGUCCACGUCAUGGUUGUCACAAUGGCAGUGUAAUAAAGCCCAC